AUGUCUCGCUUCUUAGACAGCAUUUCCACCAUCAUCAGCAUCUUUCACCAGCAUGCCAAGGAAGAUGGAGACUCCUCCAACCUCAGCCGAAGGAAGAUGAAAGAGUUCAUCCAGAGGGAGUUUGCAGAUGCCAUAGCGAACCCACAUGACCCUGAGACAAUUGAGAAGAUUCUGCAGUUUCUGGAGUGGGAUGGUGAUGGGAAAAUAGAUUUUAGUGAGUUCCUGCUUUUGGCGUUCAGAGUGGCUAAGGCCUGCUACUGGUACCUGCCAAAGGGACUGUCCCUUCUGCAGAGAACAAAGCUGACAAGUGGCAAGUCACUCCGAGAGCCUGAAGUUAAGAGCAGAGGGAGCCGUCGGCAGCUACAGGAGGAAGAACAACCAACCUGUGAGAGUAAUCAUCCCAGCGGUGAACCUGAGCUGCAACGAGACACCAGGGUCAACGAGCGUGAAACACCAGAGGAAACGGGGAGUCAUCACCAGCGACGCAACACACAAAGCAGAAACGACACAAAACGAAGCAGCGAGCCGGGGGAGCCAAUCCCUCAGACAUACGAAGAACGAAGCCGCGAGCCAUGCGACCAACGUAACAGCCAGAGAAGACGUCACCCACCGGAGCCAGACAGACGAGGAGAUGUAAAACUGAGAGCACAUCAGCCCCAACGGCAGGCAGUUGAGAGGCAAAACGAUGAAGGGCCUCAGCCAGAACAAGUGGCAGACGUGAGGAGUCACAGCCAGACAUGUGAACCUCAACCACGGCCAAACUGGUGGAGUAGCCGUCAACCACAUGAGCCAUCACUAAUAGCAUGCGAUCAAAAAAACCAUAAGCCACAAGAAGCAGAUAGAGGAAGUUACGAUCAGCCACGUAAACCUGAAUUAAUCAGAGAAGAGAGAAGCCGCUACCACCUACGUGAGCUGGAACAAAAAGCACCUGAAGACAUCAACCACAAGCCACGGGGGACUGAAUGCAUGAACACAAAAUACCUGCACCAAUCAUACAUUCAGGAACCGCCAGAACUUGACCUCACCUACUGUGAAACCUCUGAGCCAGAAAAAGGUAUUCCUGAAGAAAGGAUCCAUGAUGAACGUGAUCUUGAACAUCCAGAAAGGGAGAGAGAAAUCCAUCAAGCUCAAGAUUGUGAAGAACGAGGAGAUGUAAAAAGAAAAGAGCCCCAGCAG